AUGGACGCCUUCAAGGGGGGCAUGAGCUUGGAGCGGCUGCCAGAGGGGCUCCGGCCACCGCCACCACCGCCGCACGACAUAGGGCCCGCCUUCCACUUGGCCCGCGCCACCGACCCCCGCGAGCCGCUCGAGAACUCCGCCAGCGAGUCGUCUGACACGGAGCUGCCAGAGAAGGAGCGUGGUGGGGAACCCAAGGGGCCAGAGGACAGCGGUGCCAGCGGCGCAGGCUGCGGCGGAGCUGAGGACCCUGCUAAGAAGAAGAAGCAGCGGCGGCAACGAACGCAUUUCACAAGCCAGCAAUUGCAAGAGCUGGAGGCAACGUUCCAGAGGAACCGCUACCCCGACAUGAGCAUGCGGGAGGAGAUCGCCGUGUGGACCAACCUCACCGAGCCGCGCGUGAGGGUCUGGUUCAAGAACCGGAGAGCCAAGUGGCGGAAGCGCGAGCGCAACCAGCAGCUGGACCUGUGCAAGGGCGGCUACGUGCCGCAGUUCAGCGGCUUGGUGCAGCCCUACGAGGACGUGUAUGCCGCCGGCUACUCCUACAACAACUGGGCUGCCAAAAGCCUGGCGCCAGCGCCGCUCUCCACCAAGAGCUUCACCUUCUUCAACUCCAUGAGCCCGCUGUCGUCGCAGUCCAUGUUCUCGGCACCCAGCUCCAUCUCCUCCAUGACCAUGCCAUCGAGCAUGGGCCCGGGCGCCGUGCCCGGCAUGCCCAACUCGGGCCUCAACAAUAUCAACAACCUCACCGGCUCCUCGCUAAACUCGGCCAUGUCGCCGGGCGCCUGCCCGUACGGUACACCCGCCUCGCCCUACAGCGUCUACCGGGACACGUGCAACUCGAGCCUAGCCAGCCUGCGGCUCAAGUCCAAGCAGCACUCGUCGUUCGGUUACGGCGGCCUGCAGGGCCCGGCCUCGGGCCUCAACGCGUGCCAGUACAACAGCUGA